CGGAGCGUCCGGGGCACUGAGGACAUUAGAUCAGCCCAGUGACGUCCAGGAUGUCGGAGCCGUUCCUGAACGCGGCCAGCGGGCUGCAGCACUGAGUCCGGCGCGCGCGCGCGCGCGCCUGUCAGACACGACCGACACAGCCGACAUGGCGGACUGGGACGCGGACAACUUCGAGGCGGACGAGCCGACCGAAAAGGCGGCAGUGCUGGUGGACAAAUGGGAAGGCGAAGACGAAGAGGAAGACAUUAAGGACAACUGGGAUGAUGAGGAAACGGAGGAGAAUAAAGCAGAAGUGAAGAAAGCAGAGACAAAGGUUUCUGAAAAGAAAAAGUUGAGCGAGAAGAUCAAAGAGAAAGAAAAUCGGUUAAAGAAAAAACAACAGGAGCUGAAGGAGAAAGAGCUGGAGAAUACACAAGCAGAGCUUACUCCUGAAGAACUACUCGAAGAGAAGUUACGAGUGCAGAAAUUACAGGAAGCCGCAGACUUGGAGCUAGCAAAAGAUGCUUUUGGUGACAGUAGCACUUCAAACAGUGUUGCUGGGAUUGAUGCCAUGUGUCCAUCUUCCAAAGAUGACUUCACAGAGUUUGAAAAAUUGCUGAAAGAAAAGAUAUCCCAGUUUGAAAAAUCUGUGCAUUAUUCAAGUUUCUUGGAUUCAUUGUUUCGAGAACUUUGUAUUUCAUUGGAAAUAGAGGACUUGAAGAAAGUCAGUAAUUCCCUGACAGCCCUACUUAGUGAAAAACAGAAACAAGAAAAGCAAAACAAAGGAAAGAAGAAGAAGAAAGGGGUCGUAGCUGGAGGCGGUUUGAAAGCACAGCUGAGAGAUGACCUUGAAUAUGCAGCGUUUGAUGGCGGCUACACCCAAGACUACGAGGACUUCAUGUGACACCGACUCCAUAACUACUACCGUCUCCUUCUCUCAACCCCUCAGAAAUGCAGCCGUACCUUCUCAUGCUGUCCAGUGCCAUCCUGGAAAAUCUGAACUAUGUGUUACCCUUCAUUUUGCUUCAUUGACCAGAGGGACUUAUACCAGGGAGCAUCCAGUCUCACCAAAUCUUUGUUCAUACAUAUGGAAUUCCCUUUUCUCUGUCUCAUUCAGCCUCAACUCUCUCUCUCUCUCACACACACACACACACACACACACACACACACACACACACACACACACACACACACACGCAAUCAUAAUUGUGUAGUACCUGGUGGGUGACCCAGCUUCAACGGAGAAUACAUUGUAACUGCUGUUAUUGCUAACUGAGUUUUGCAGGGCUCAUUUUUUUUAUUGAAUGUUGCUCCUGUCAAAAUGGCAGAUAUAGUAUUGCAGUUAAAAGUGUAACGGCAUAGAAACACAAGGUUCUAUGCAAAUUCCUAAGCCAGAAUGUCAUGUUUAUAUUAUAGGUCUCACUUACCUGUGGAUGGGUCUCUUACAGGAAAGUAUAUAGUAUCUAUAACUUUGGUUGCCAAAUGCAGAACAAUUAUUCAGUACAUAAUUCAUCUUUAUCUCUGGAAAGGUUGCAUUGUGGGCGAUUUAGAGACGGAUGCAACAUGUAAGUGGUAGUUGUAAUUUUACAGAGAGAGCACAUGACAUUCAUUGUAAGAUAAAAGGGAUAGACAAGUAUAAUAAAUGUGACUUAAAAACUUCACAGCCAUUCUCUUGAUACAUCUCUGGACUAUCCUUGAAAUCUGGAGCAAAGAGUGCUUAAAGGUAUUUUUCGUGCAUGACAAGAGCAAUUUACUAAAUUGAUUUAUACUAAUGCAGAGAAAGUAUAGAUCAGCCGAGUGGAUUAACUUUCUACAACUGGUCUCCUAAUCAUUGCUUCUGCAGGCUUGUAUCAAGUGUGAUGAGGAGCGGGGGCUUAUGGGCUUCACCCCACCAUGUCUUCAUAUGGGCUACAGUUAGUUGAAAGGGUAAUUCUCCCUUUUCCUUUCUAACAAUUGAGCAGUUUCAAUGUUACACGGACAAUUGGAUACAUUACAACGUGGGAAAUAACAGCAUCUGCAGUGUUUUAUAAGCAUCUAAUUUAAUAAAUCACUGGUCAAAAGGA